AUGUCCCAUUUCCAAUGUAAAAGCACUAGCCAGGGCAAGGAUAUGGUCAUUUCAAGGAUAGCAAAGAUCACCAUCUGCUGUGCAGUGGAGUAUUGCGUACCAAGGAAAAUGGGGCGAGAAGGGGCGAUGACAGAUCGACUGCGGCCGAUUGGACAAAAUGAUGGCACUUGCACAUUCCCUUCAACAGGCUUGGUCUGGAAUAGAGCUAGAGCAGGGGAGGGGGGGCGUGCAAUUGCUUCUGAAAAUGAUCAAGAAACGGAGAGGGGUCCCGACGAACAGCUAAACUCGACCCAGUUUGGUAUAUGUGCGAACCUGCGUCUAUGUGGAACCAGGGUGUGGUUCGAUGUCUACGUUGUAGUCAAGGCCACCCCACGCUAG